UGUGCCACGAUGUCCCUGCCAAACACGCUCUCGCGUCUGAUCGUAAUUUCCACUUUCAUCCUUGCGGCUCAUGCCAGAGCGGUGAACAUCAGCAACACAUGGAUGCUACCCGAAGAGGGAUUUCCGGUGUUCUACCGUCAUUUCCGGGACCGGGUUUCCUGGUAUGAGGCCGAUGCAGUAUGUCAAUUUCAUCAUGCUAAUCUCGUUACCGCUGACAGUACAUCCCAAUACGACGCCAUCCGGGCUUACUUAAAAGAACUAGACGUAACAACCAACGUCUGGAUUGGCUUGUCGAAAACAUCUGAAAAAGGAAAGUUCACUUGGUCUAAUUAUCAGACAUUAAAUGGAAUGGGACAUUGGCAGGAUUCCAUUCCCGUUGGAAACAAUCCAUUGUGUGUUGUUAUGGAUCCCUCCUCCGAUUUCUUGUGGAAAACAAUGCCCUGCGGAGGACCUGAUGUGGCCACGUUUAUUUGCGAACUUCCCAUUCCGGAAUGGGCUAGUGGACCGAAGGGAUGUUUAGUAACGGAAAUACCAUCAUUAACGGUUUUGUAUAUACCAGAACACACCGCAAUUGAGUUAACAUCUGACUGUGGUUUAGAUGGUACCAAACGAAUUGCUUGCAAGGGUGACGCAGAUCGUGAAGAGUUAUUGAAGCAAUUAACCUGCUCCAUAAAUCAAGAUGAUGAUUUUGAUGAUAAAGCGACCAAAAUGUUAUAUUCAACCACCCAGUCUGGAAUAAAUCAAGAGGAGAACACUUUAAACAGUAAAACAACGAAACCGUGGAUUUGGACUUCGAACACCAUUGAUACUGAGUAUGGCAUUCCCACAAGACACAGAAGGGAAACCGAAGACACUUUGAGUCCAAUCUCGACGAAAAGCACCACUUCAACUGAUUCGAUGUUGCAAGUUACUAACAGCACAGAAGGUAACAAAUCUACCCAAACACCAUCGGCUAGUCCAACAAAAGAGAUCUCUUCAGAAUCAGAGCUGGUCCAUACUCAAUCAACUCAACACGAAGAAUCUAUAAUUGAAUUGUCUACAAUUUCACAAAUGAGAUCUGACCAUCCCGAAACGAUUGUAGAAACUGCACCAACUUCUGACACAAAAUACGAAACUACAAGUACAUUUGAUACGACUGAAGUGUCAGCUUCCACUUCGGUCACCGAUGAAUCAGAAUAUUCUGGUGCUAUAAGUCAAGGACAACUGUUAAGCAUUAUUGAAAAUGGCACAAGAUUUGAUUUCGUCGAGAUGAGUGGUUCAGAAGUAGAAGAUGCUAAAACAAAUGAAUCAAGCAACACUGUUGCGUCAGAUUAUUUAUACACUACAACAGCAACUGAAAAAAUGACAGCCACUACUAUCCCAGAACUUAUUAUGAACAAUAAGAAAGAGUCAAAGGAACAAAAGCAUACCAAAAAAUCAAUCUAUCCGAAGAAGAAUAAUCCUAAAUUGUCAAAAACGGAGACUAGCACUCCCGUUAAUGUAAAUAUUUCCAAGGAAGUAGCUGUAGAACCGAUCGUACACGACAAUUCAAUAAUAUUGAACAGAACCUACAGAAAAGAAGUACCUUUAAUCCCUGAUAGUUAUAAAACGACAACUACCCAACAGGCAGUAUCCACAACUCAACAAACUCCGACGACAGGAAAACCUAGAAAUCUGACGCUUAUUUUAUCUGCUACACUAGACGAAAAAGAAAAAUCUUCAGAUGUUAAUACUAAAAUUGAGAAUGAUGCUGCCACUGGAAAACUUGUUGACUCCAAAGAGUCUAACAAGCCAACCACCAACAUCCACGAAACAGAAUUAUUAACACCAAAGCCGACGAUUAACAAAUCCGAAAUUAACAAUGUGGAACCUGCCAUAAACAACUUUGAGACAGAUAAUUCCAGCCGAACUUAUGACUAUGGAGAUUUUUCGGAGAGCUUCUCCAAUAAUUCCCUGAUCUCGGAGCCUGGAAAAGUGCCCAACAGACAGAGACAUCUUACAAGACCUCAAAGAAGACAAUUCUAUCCUUACUUCUUCAGCAGAGUAUUGGGCUGAAUAUAAGUAUUUUAAUUGUCAAUAAUUAGAUAAUUAUGUUGGCUGUCUCAAAAAAUCAUUUACUAAUUGUUAUAAGAUAAGUAGAGUGUUAAUUUUAAGAGGAAACUUUAAUAAUGGUACUUUUCAACUAACAUAACAAGCACAAUAUUCGCGUCGUGCUAAGGCAUGAUGAAAUUUUAUAUUUUUGUAUAUCAAUGAUAUUAAUUAGUCACUGGGAAUUUUUGAUAAAAUUUAUAUGCGAAUGCUUUAUCAAAUGAGGUAAGAUAGUGUUGUGCCAAAUUAAUUUUUCGAAACGAUAAUAUUAACUUUGCAAAUAUGGGAAUGAAAACGGCUAUUUAGUGCGUAAAAUAUUGAUUUUUGUUAUCGACAUGGAUAAUAUUUACAUACGCAAGCAAUUAUACACAAUCAUAAAUAGUAUUACGGAAACAUUUGCAUGGAUAAAUUUAUUAAAAAUUCCAAUAUUAUAUUUCACAUUUGAACAUUUGGUUGGCUAAUUGACCGCCAUUAAGUUUUGUCAAUUAACUACGCAUAAUCUACCUAUGCUACAAAAAUUGCACAAUGGCUAAUAAAUAUAUGUGCACCGUCCCUCUUUCCCGUCCUAUCAAAGACCUGUGUUAGACUAAUACAGAGCGAAACUGUAAUUUUACAUAAUUUUCAUGAUUUGUAUAUGGGGUGACCUCUGUAAAAUGGGUCAAAUGUCACACAGAGAUCUUACUGAUAAUAUAUUAUGUUUGUUACAAUUACAAAAAAAUUAUAAUGGCCGACACACAAUUUAUGAAAAGCAUAAAAAAAUGUUUGAUCGUAUUAAAUUUAGGUAUAUAAUUAAAUUUUUAAAAAUAUGUUUAAUUUUGAACUUAAAUAUUAAAAAAGAUUUUGAAUAUCAAAUGUAUUUUUAAUGCAUUUAAAUUUGCAUUUACGAUGACAAGAAUUAAAUAAAAUUUUCAGAAAAAGAAUUUGUCAUACUAAUUGCCUUUAAAAAAUCCAUAAUUUUUCCUAAGAAUUUUUUUUUUAUUUUUGGCCAGUUUUUAAAAAGUCCAAAAUAACACAUUUUAACAUUCUGUAUAUGGACCACUGUAAAUUAUUGUACAAAAUAAAUAUAAAACAUAAUAUUAUAGCAGUAAGAACCUUGUGACAUGUACCUAUUGUUACAUGUUAUAUCCUAUUUAUUGUCUUUAAUGAUGAUUUUAUUGUAAUAACUAAAAUUUUAUUGUUACUGGUAAGUGAUACUUUAAAUAUUCUUAAAUUUUAUAAUUUAGGUCUAUUAUAAAAAUGAAAAAUUAAUUAUAUUGUCUGUUGAA